UGCAGCUUCAACACAUGAAGCUUUGACUUCACUUUAAAGAACCGGAGGUUGAACUGAUCUCCUCUUUAACAACAUGUCAACAAAGUGUCUCCUUUCUGUCUCCAGGAGACGUCUCGAUUCCGCCCAUCAAGUUCUGUAGACUCCACCCGUCUGAGCCACUCAAACUCUUCUGCUUCACCUGUAACCAGCUCACCUGUAGAGACUGUCAGCUGGCGGCUCACAUGAACCACAGGUACCAGUUUGUCAAGGAGGCGUUGAACAAUGUGAAGCAGCAGCUGGAGGAAGUGGUUCAGCCAAUCACAGCGCAGAGAGACACAGUGAGGCGGAGCCUGAUGGACAUGAAGAUCAGGCUGCAGGACAUCGUAGACAGUCGUUCUAAUCUGAAGUCUGAGCUGGAGGGGUCGUUUAACAUCGUCGUGAAACAUCUGUCUAAGAGGAUGCAGGACAUCUUGAAACAGGCGGAGGAGUUGUGUUUGUCGGAGUUCGAAGGGAUUAAGAAGAGGAUGACGAAGAUGAAGCAGCUGUGGCAGAACCAACAGUUAGUGACAGACAUUGUAGAAGAAGCCAGAAACACCAACGACCUGUCAGCCCUGAUGACCUACCUAGCUCAGGUUAAGUAUCAGCUGAAGGAACGUCCUGAUCUGGACGUGUCUCCUCCUCAGAUCAUGUCUCACCUGAAGGUCGUCACCGACAGGACGUCUCUGGAGGCCGUUCUGAACUUUGGUGCACUUGACAUUUCAUGGAUCCCCUUCUCCGUCUCACCAACCUCCAAUCAGAAAACUCCAAAUGCCGCCUCCUCCUCCCCUACCACCCUUGUCGGGCCUACUCCCCCCUACAGACCACUCCCCCAAACCAGGAACACUUUUGACUCACCUGUUGCACCCGUUCCCGUCAGUUGUUCCUCAACAUCCUCAAUGUCUUUGUCCAGCAAGUUGCGUCUUUCUCCUUUCUCGUCCUCCACCGUCAUUCCAACCACCUCCACCUGUCUUGCACCCUCCUGUGUGACCCUUCCUCAAAACGGGAACACCUGGGCCAAUGACUCACCUGUUCCAGUCAACUGUCCCUCUACUUCACGGAAGUUGUCGUCCAAUCAGUUUAGUCAUCCUUCCUCCUCCAGUCCGGGCAUCAACCAGUCUAAAACUCCCUUGACCACAAUCGCGCCAGUUACCUCAACUCAAACUGUCCAACAACUGUCCUUCACAAAUAACUCAAGACUGGUGUGGCAUCUGACAAAUCCUACUUCAGGGAACCUUCCGCCUGUCAGCGUUCACCACCCUCCUUCAGCAGAUCCAUCUCCGGUCUUCCAACUGGUUCAGCCGUCACUGGAUUUGAACAAACCCCCUGCCCCCCAGAACCAGUCCAAUGCCAUCCUGCUGAGCAACACUCAGACCCCAAACAAUGCGUUCUGCUUCACCCCCUUUUCAGUCAUGCCUCAGUUUCCCAUGCUGCUCAGUCCGACCUCACCUGGAAACACCUCGCCUGAACACCAGAAGAGUCCGAUAGGAAUUAUCAGCCCUCAGACACUUCCUGCAACCACCAAAGGAAACCCGAUCUCUGGCGGGCCGAGUGGCACGGCGCUGCAUCAACCUCUGAAGGAUAUCCGCUUUACUACAACCAGCAGCCCUUCGUCCUCCUACCAGUGUCUCACCCCAGAUAUCAGCCCUCAUUCUUCUAUGAAAGACCAGCAGCAGAGUCCUGUGGUGAGGGCUGUGGCGGACUCCGCCUGUAAUCGCAACAUACAGCCGGUCCCAGCGAAGCGGCCGGAACCAGCAGAGAACGAACCGACCUCAACUGUGUCUGAAGAACCUGCACCAGCAGGGGAACGGUAUGUUUUUUAUAGAAAAACUGCAGAACCGAAACCUUCACCUGAAGUAUCAGAUACAGAACCUGAACCUGCACCGGAAGAACCUAAACCUGCAUCUGAAGUAUCAGAUACAGAACCUGAACCUGCACCUGAAGUAUCAGAUACAGAAACUGAACAGAGCUCUAUGAUUGGACAUCUGGACUACAUUAUGGGCCAAUGGCAGCCCAGAGUUUCUCUGAGCCAGCUGCCUGUAACUCCGCCCCACCCUGGAUGUCCAGACCCUUGUUUUGGUCCGGUUACCGGUGAUUCUGAAGAUGAGAUUUACCUGAAAGAGAAGAGAGAAGACACUCAGACCCAUGCAGGUGAGGUCACAGAUGACAUCAUCGCUGAGCUGCCGUCGUCACCGGAGUCACCUGUGACUCUGGUGAUGGUCAGCUGCUCCGCCUGUCAGUCAGCCAGCAGUUCAAUAAUCUGUUCAUUCUGCGGUCGAGGAUUCCACCGGGACUGUCAUGAUCCUCCUGUUGGACCCGACCUCCGUGACAACGAGCCAUCUUUGACAUCUGAAACUAUUCAGAGGUAGAGUAUCU